CAAAACAGCGGAGGCGAAGAAGUCCUCCUCGACGUCGCCGGCCAGGACGGCACCGAAGCCUUCGAGGACGUCGGCCACAGCGACGAAGCCCGCGAGAUCCUGGACGGUCUCUUCGUGGGGAACGUGAAGCGCAUGCCCGGUGACCCCGCCCCCCGCUCGCACGCCAACCCCUCCGCCGCCUCGGGCUCUUCCUCCGGCGACGCCGCCGGUCUGGGCGUCGGCCUCUACGCCUUCCUCGUCGUCGGCGGUCUGAUCGCCUACGGCGCCUACCAAUAUCUGCAGAAGGCUUCGCUUGCGUCUGAGCAGUAA